UUAUUCUUAACCGUCAUGGUUGAGUGUAACAAAAAUGGGCGAAUGAAAGAGUGGAUUUUGAAAACUUUUAGAGGAGACACGGAUUUUAGUAAAAUCAAUUGGUGUGCCUAUCUGAUCCAACAAAUCAAAUCAUGUAAAGAUGGCUGGAAGAGUUGUGAUCCUGAAUCUCCAUUUUCUGGACCACUCACACUUUUGGCUUUGCUAUAUGUCGACAGAGUUAAAUGCACAGGAUUUCCAGUUGACCGGACAAUAUACCCAAUCGUAUUCUGGAGCAAAUACGAACUGAAAAAAAGAGAACGGUUUGAGAUAAAAAGAGGUGGCUUUGGUGGAGAGGAUUUGCAUGAAGUUGGUGUGGUUAGACGGGAUCCAAGAAAAACAGAGUUACAUGCUAAUGAUGAAGUUCUGAGUAAUGAGAUUGCAUUGAUAGAAAAACAUUUGGACGUGAUGGAGGCGAAAAGAGUUACGGUGCAAAAAAAAUUGGAAGUAGUGUUCAAUGCUCAUCCAGACAACGAGCAAGUUAAAAAAUUGAUACAACGAUUUGAGAAAAUUGUACACUCAAAAAAAACAAGGAUAUCGCUGUGGCCUGAUUCCCCAAGGGAAAAAAUUGCUGGGGUGCUCAUGUCUCUUAACAAGACAGUCCAAAACCCAGAUAAUGAUUACACAGAAGACCCUGAAGAUGAUGUGCCAAACGCGGCUGCAGUGGCAAAGAUCAAUGCGUCUGGCAAUGAUCGGGGGAAUGGCAAUGGUAAGCGAAUGAAGAAUGAUGUGUCGGCAAAAGCAUCUGGCAAUGAUCGGGGGGAUGGCGAUGGUAAGCGAAUGAAGAAUGAUGUGUCGGCAAAAGCAUCUGGCAAUAAUCGGGGGAAUGGCGAUGGUAAGCGAAUGAAGAAUGAUGUGUCGGCAAAAGCAUCUGGCAAUGAUCAGGGGAAUGGCGAUGGUAAGCAAAUGAAGAAUGAUGUGUCGGCAAAAGGUAACUUUAGUGAUGACAAUCCUAACAAAAACGUUAUGUGA